GCUGGUGUAAGCGGAGAAGGCUCGCGAGAUUACAACCACGACCGCCUUGUUUGCUUUAACUUCAACGCCCGACGCGCCUUCAUCUCUCACGUCCGGGGCAUCGCUGGAAGCAUCAAAAGGAGCGUCUAUAUUUUUCAUUUUUGUUCAUCCAUUCGAAGCGCGUGCCGUCUUCGUGCAGCCCCAGGCGUGGUUGGCCAAAUACGACAAUUCCUCAUUUAAUCCGUGAGUUCUCUUUCUAAAUUUCGCGGCGUUUGGAGUGGGCCUCAGGCUCAUUUUACGCUUUAACCACCCUCACCAUCUCCUGUUUGCCACAACACAUUAUAUUUUGCUCUUUUUAUGGCUGCAUAUUGUUUUGCUUCCCAUUUUAAAUCACGUAUGGCUUUUCCACUCUUUUUCCGAGAUGCUAAUUAUAGUAAAUUACAGAUAUCGGUAGCACGUGAUGUCCUGCCUGCUCCAUUUAAGUCAACACCCUGCCUAAGCUCUCAAAAACUACCUGUAUGGACUGAAGGAAGGCCUCAAAUAGUGAGCGAGAGCUUUAAUCCAGUACGAUUCCUUGGGAUCUUGUUGACCCGGGAGGUUUUGCUCUACGGCUAAUCAAUAUGCCAACGCCAAGCACGACGGGCCAACAAAGUAUUGCUGCUGGGAGCUAUCGUUCUCCCUUUGGUUCGGGACCUGGUAGUUCUUCGUCUAGUGUAUCUAGAGUCGCUCACCAAUCGUCGGGGCAUUCUUCGAACCCUCGAGGAGAGUAUUCGUCAAAACCUAUGCACCAAGGAAGCAACAGCCACCCUCUUCCCAAGCCAAUCCGUCCUCCCAGUUACUCAACGCCUUAUGCUUCUAUUGGAAGCACAACAGCCGCGAAUGGUGUCUCUCAACGGCCAAGUGUUCCUGGUUUUGGAACUCAGGGUUCUUCAUCGCAACCUGGAACUGAUCACGCACCAAGACCCCUUUUGUCGCCCUCCCCUGAGCCGGUCUCGCUUAAAUUAGACAACAGAUCUACCACUUCAGCGUCCGAAAGCCAGAAAGCAUCCUACUCCAGCAUCUAUGGAUUUCAAAUACCUCCUGAAAUCCAAGUCAGCAGGUUCGGAUACCCUGAAAGGCCCAGUCAACCAUCCCGUCAGAUCCAUGGAGGUAAGUCAUCGAUAGGUCAGGGGCGUGCCCGAACCGAUCUACCCCCACCAGCCAAGGCACCAUUCCGAGCUUCUGCAAACAUUGCACAUCCCUCACACUACCAGCAAAGCACCCUUCAAUUCUCAAGCACUCCAAAAGUCGCGGCAUCGCCUAGAUCCAGCUUCCAGGUAGUAUUACCUACAAGUCCAGCGACGUUCUAUGGCACAAGUCCGUACUCCGCAGCAAACUCCCGUCCCUACCCCUCAGGCGCUCCAUCAUCUGCUGCCAGGAGAGGCAGACCACUCAAAGGCGCAGAAGCCAAACCAGCAGACACAGUGCCAAAAAAGCGUGGCCGUCCCGUUGGCAACAAGCCUCGCGUAGAGCCCACGCCAAAGAAGCGAGGUCGCCCUUUCAAAACAGUCGAGUCGGAGUUGAAAGCUAAGGCACGAGCUAGCUCUAGCGGUACGAGUACGCCUACGUACAAGAAGAAAGGCCGGCCGUUCAAAGUCCGGCACCAGCCCUUCAUCCCACAGCCGGAGCCUAUAUUCUACCCCUUUAUAUGCGAGUGGAAAGGCUGCCAAGCCGAGUUACACAAUCUGGAGACCUUGCGUCUACACAUUCAUAUCGUACAUAAGAAGAAAGAGUUCGGUAAAGUGACAUGUCUAUGGGCGAAAUGCGGAGCGAAGAAAGUUAUUGAGGGAGCAGAUGGUGAGAAGACAGUCUUAGAUGAUCAUCCGGCAUUUGCGACGAGGCAGGAGUGGAAAGAACAUUUGGAGGUGAAGCACUUGAUUCCUUUCGCGUGGCAUAUGGGCGAUGGACCCAAGGCUACCGAUUUAUCCGGCAAGCCCAAAGGCAUUAUCAAUCCCCUCUGGCUCAACGACUCAAACGGCAACCAAGUAACACCUUCCGUGAAAGGCCAACUCCUUGAAGAAGGCCGCGCCAGUAUCCUCAACAAGAAACGCUUCCGCAAGAUGAAAGGUAUGAACAUUUUCAAGGAGAAGCAGGUCGCUGGCGGACAGGAUCUGAAGGGCAUGGGUGGUAUGGCACCACCUGCCAUCUCGAGCGAUGAUGAAGAUGAGGAUACGGGGAUUGAUGAAGCGGAGCUUGAACUUGAAACCGAGGGUUUGGUUAAUGAGGAGGGCGAGGAGGAUGAGGACGACGAAGAGGAAAUGGUCCGGAGCGAAGCUUUGCAUGAUAGGAGAGCUGGUGGGAGCCAGGUCGUGCGUCUGGUGGAUGAGCAUGAUGAUAGUGAUGGAGACGACAUGCAUGAGGAAGACGAUGUGCAGAUGAUGGGACUCUGAGCCUUCCGCUUAAUCCUUGUCGUACACUACAUCGCCGCAUAGGCAUUGUGCUACCAAUACUUCUUAGGGAUUCACUCGGAAAAGUGCAGCUUCAUUGGGCUGAUUUGCAUGGCGUGGCGUGGGGUAUUAUUUGGUAUUGCAUGGUGCGCUGGAGUUCUAUGAUUUUGGGACCAUCUCCACAGCUCAUAUACCUCGAGAGGAAGUGGACGGUGGGGAGAGAACGCCCGAGAAGAGUAUUGGGACUGUAUGUAUAAUAUCACUAACCAAAAACGGAGGCUUUAAUGAAAACCUGACCGAAGUCAAAAUGUCUUCAGUAGUGGAAUUUUCGGUCUCUUGUGAUUUGGCAUCUACCUCGAAAACCAAGGAGGCACAAAGAGGUGUCGUCAGGUAGGCUGACUUGAAGGCGGCAAGGUCAAAAUUGUUCAGUAGCGCCCGCCGGAGAUGCACGAGAAGUAAUGAAAGAUCUUUGACGUG